UGGGCCGACUGCACCAGGAAGAGCCUUCAGCAUGCUCCAAGUUCCCUUCCAAGAAACAUCACCAGUUUGGACCUCUCCUUCAACUCUUUGGUCAUGCCCCGUCACAGGACUCUCCUGAUGCAUUUCCCUUUCCUGCGCUCUCUCAACCUCUCUAGCAAUGCCAUGCCAGUGCUGAGCCCAGCAGUCUUUUCCAACCUUGGGGCAUUGCGUCUGCUGGACCUCAGCAGCUGCAGCAUCACCUACCUCCACAUGGACACUUUUGAGGGCCUGGGAAACCUGAACACACUGCUCCUAAGAAACAACAGCUUGCAAGACCUUGAUGCCCCUUUUCUCCUGCCACUGAAGACUCUUUUCCACCUGGACCUGCAGCACAACUCGCUGGUCUCUGUGGACACUUGGAGCCUGCAGCUGAUGGAGGCAGUCCCACAGGUCCAUCUGGAAGGGAAUCCCUGGGUCUGUGACUGCACUGUGGAGCCUCUGCAGCGGUGGCUGCAGCGCAGGCAAGCUCUGCAGGUGACCUGCAUGUCACCCCCGGGGCUAUGGGGCCAAGAGAUCGCAGCUCUGGAUUCCCAGGACCUGGGCUGCCAGAUGAAGCACCGUUUUCCUCGUGGGCUGAGCACAGCACAGCAGAUCACAGUGACCCAGAAUGACACCACCACACCGCCUGCCGGGAAGGCAGGAAGGAGCUGGCAGUACCUGGUGGGCUUCGUGGUGGCAGCAAUCGUCCUCUCCGUCCUGAUUGCGCUGGUUGCCAAGUGCAAGCUCGCACACAAGAAUUUCGCCAGCUACCGCCACCGGCCGCUGCCUGAAGUCAGCUCCAUCGGAGGCAGCCCCAUGGAGGAGACCAGCAGCUGGGGCAGGGGCUCCUGGGGGAGUAACUCCAUGCCUGGUUCUGCCGACCUGCAAGCUGAGGAUGAUGAUGGCUUCAUCGAGGACAACUAUAUCCAGCCCAGUGAGCAGCUGCCGGAGAAGGAGGGGCGGCAGUUUCAUACCUCCAUCUGA